AUGGUUGCCGAAAUAAUCACCACCAUCUCUCCCACCAACAACAAGCCCAUCCUCACCCGUCAUGGCCUUUCGCCUGACGAGAUCCUUCGACUAGGAACCACAGCCCAACAUGCCUUCAAGGCCUAUGGCAAAUCCCACCCAACCCUCAAAAGCCGCCAGAAGAUAGUGUCAAAAGCUCUCGAAAUCCUCUCUCAGAGACAAGAUGAACUCGCACGUGAACUCACAGAGCAAAUGGGCCGUCCAAUAGCAUACACCACCAAAGAAAUUACCACCGCGGUCAGGCGUGGGGAAUACAUGAACAAGAUUUCCCCCGAGGUGCUGGAGAAAGAUAUCCCAGGCGAACCGGAGACAGGAUUCAAGAGAUACCUGCGCAAGGAACCCGUGGGCGUCGUACUGGUCAUUUUCGCAUGGAACUAUCCCUACUUGAUUCUCGUCAAUAGUCUAAUACCUGCCCUGCUGGCCGGGAAUACUGUGAUCCUCAAACCCUCUCCACAAACGCCCACCAUAGUCGAGCACGUCGUCGACAUCUUCGCCACAGCCGGCCUCCCCAAAGAUAUCAUUCAGUACCUCCACUGCGGCAGCCCCAACGACCUACGGCCACUUAUCCUCUCCCCGGACGUCAACCAUAUCUGCUUCACCGGCUCCGUGGCAGCAGGCAUCGCAAUCCAAUCCAUCGCCUCAUCCCGCAUCUCCUGUUCCGUGGGCCUCGAACUCGGCGGUAAAGACCCGGCGUAUGUGCGCCCCGACGUCGACGCAGCCUGGGCGGCCGAGGAAAUCGUCGACGGGGCCAUCUUCAACUCAGGUCAGUCCUGCUGUGCCGUCGAGCGUGUAUAUGUACACACCGACAUCUACGAUGCCUUUGUCCAAGAAGUGAAAAAGGUUCUUGCGGGCUACCGCCUCGGCGACCCCAUGGACAAAUCCACACAUAUCGGCCCCGUGGUCUCUGCACGAGCUAAAGACGCGAUCCUCAAACAAAUUGCCGACGCCCAAGCCGCGGGCGCGGUGGACGAAACGCCUUCAAACCCGACCUUCACCUCUCCUCCGGCAGAAGGCAACUUCGUCGCCCCGGUCCUGCUCACGAACGUCAACCACUCCAUGUCCGUGAUGCGCGACGAGACGUUCGGGCCCGUGAUCCCGGUUCAGCGUGUGAGCGGCGACGAGGAGGCCAUCGCGCUCAUGAACGAUUCGCAGUUUGGGCUGACGGCGUCGAUCUGGACGAAGGACGUUGCGCGCGGCGAAGAAAUGACUCGGAUCGUCGAGGCGGGAACCGUGUUCGUCAAUCGCGCGGAUUUCCCAGCCCCAGAUCUCGCGUGGACGGGCUGGAAGGAUAGCGGCCGUGGCGUCACGCUUAGUCGAUUGGGUUUCGAGCAGUUCGUCAAGAUUAAGAGCGUCCAUUUGAAGGAUUAUCCUAAGUGA